GCGAUUUUUUAGUGAAAAUGUCUUCACGUGAUUCAACAGCCAAUCAACUGCUGGAAUACUCCAGAAAACAGACGGAUCACAGGGACCCGAUUACAACAUCAGGCGGUAAUCCCGUACCAGAAAAAGAUGCCAGUCUUACUGUCGGCUAUCAUGGACCGAUAUUAUUUCAAGACUGGGUCCUUAUUGAUGAACUAGCACACUUCAGCAGGGAAAGAAUUCCAGAAAGGGUCGUUCACGCUAAAGGAGCUGGUGCUUUUGGAUACUUUGAAGUUACCCAUGAUAUCAACCAAUAUACAGCUGCCAAAGUGUUUUCGGAGAUUGGAAAAAAGACCCCUAUCGCAGUCAGAUUUUCUCAAGUUGCUGGUGAAAUGGGUUCAGCAGACACUAACAGAGAUUUUAGAGGUUUUGCAGUAAAAUUUUAUACUGAAGAUGGUAUAUGGGAUUUGGUAGGAAAUAACUUUCCUGUGUUCUUCGUUAGGGAUUGUGCACUGUUUCCAAAUUUUAUUCACGUUUUAAAAAGAAAUCCAAGUACCCAUAUUAGACCAGAUUAUGACAUGUUUUGGGACUUUAUAUCCUUGAGGGAGGAAUCUAUGCAUGCUCUAUUAAUGAUGUUUGCAGAUAGGGGAAUACCAGCUAGUUAUAGACAAAUGCAUGGAUAUGGAGCAAACACUUUCGCAUUCGUUAACGCCCAAGGAAAGUUCAAUUACUGCAAAUUCCAUUAUUUGACUAAUCAAGGCAUAGCAAAUCUGAAUUCAGACCUAGCUGAGAAAAUAAACGGAUCAGACCCCGAUUAUCUUAUCAGAGAUUUAUACAACGCGAUUGACACCGGAAAUUAUCCAUCUUGGACAAUGUAUGUUCAGAUAAUGACUCCAGAGCAAGCUGCUAAGACCUCGUAUGAUCCAUUUGACGAUUCAAAAGUAUGGUUACAUGCUGAUUUUCCUCUAAUACCGGUUGGACGGUUUGUGUUGAACAAGAAUCCUAAAAGCUAUUUUGCUGAAAUUGAACAGAUUGCCUUUGAUGUCGCACAUCUAAUUCCAGGCAUAGAACCAUCUCCAGACAGAAUGCUCCAAGGUAGGCUGUUCAACUAUGGUGAUACCCAUAGAUACCGUUUGGGCAUCAACACUACCCAAUUACCAGUUAACAGCCCCUUCAAGGUUAAUAAUUAUCAAAGAGAUGGUCACAGUUCUUUGCAGAGUCAAAAUGGAGCUCCUGUAUAUCAUCCUAACAGUUUUAAAGGACCAGAAGAAGACAGAAGAGCCAAAGCAUUGUCUCCAAUCAUACCAUUGGUAGGAGAUGCUCAGAGAAUUGACAGUGGACAAGAUGAAAAUUACGCCCAACCUAGGUUGUUAUACCAACGAGUUUUGAAGCCAGCAGAACGUGGAAGAUUGAUUCAAAAUAUUGUUAGUUGGUUGAAGAAUGCUAAUAAUGUCAUUCAAGAAAGACAGCUUGCAAACUUUGCAAAAGUAGAUGAAGAUUUUUCAAGAAGAAUUAAAGAAGCAAUAAACGCGGGUUCUCAUCCACAAGUCAAUCUAUAAAAUUAAUUAUUGAACCCAUAAUGAAACAUUAGUGUUAUUUUUUGCUUAAUUUCAUUUUGUUUGUUUGUCAG